ACUUACUAACGUAACAUCACGCUUUUGUUAUAGAUAUAAAACAUGAAUUUCUAAAAUGUCAACUUGGCAGACAAAUUUUCGAAAGCCUGUCAGAUCAAGAUCACAAUUACUUGUUUCAUCACAAAUAAACAAAAAGAAAAAAACGAAAACGAAACCGAAACCAGAAUGGGAUAGUACUGCAAAAGAUUUGACCAUUUUUAAACCUUCACCACAAGAACUGAAAAGAAACCACGAGCUUCACCAGCCAAAAAAAGACCAUGAAAGACUAAUUAGGAAAAUCGAUUGUGCGAAGCAAAAUUUGAACAAUAGCGAUCUGAACUUUUUUGAUGCCACUCCUGGCGUUGCUCAAAGAAAGCGAGCAUUGAUCAAAGAAGUGUUUCGCAACAAUGAAAAGAAACUAAAAAACGUUCUUGCAGAAACAGAUCGAGCACUUGCAGAUGUAAAAGAUAUGUUUGGUGAUGAUGCCGUGCAAAAAUAUCAAGGAAAACCUAACAUAGUUAGAGCUCCGUGUCAUAAAGAACACAGUUUUUUGCACCAACUUGUUCCUCACCAGCCUUCGUUCUAUGACGUGCUAAGUGAAUCUGUUAUGAUAACACCUGCUUUGAAUUCUCUUUCUGAUGAAGAUGAAGAGAGUGAUCAUGAUUCUAACCAAGAUGAAAUGGCGCAAGUAAAAUAUCAUCAGUAUGGACGUGAGAAAGACACCAAUCCAUCAUAUCAGUCGAGAUUGGAUAUUAAUCGCUAUCAAGACUUGGUAACAAAUUCUGCUGUUUCAAACUCGCAUUUAUCUGACGUACAAGUUGAUUUAAAUUCACUAUCACAUUUUUGCGACGACUUGCAAAGUGAUAACGCGGAAGAAAAACAGCCACCUGAAAUAAACAAGAUGAUAUCUAGUCGUGACAAAGUACUUUUAGCACGUAAUGGAGAAGAUGUAGCGAAAAACAGUGAUUCUGGGCAAGUUAACUCAAUCAACGCUUUGCAAUCAUUCGCUGACAUGAAAACUAUGUUAGACCUGCUUGAAGAAGAGAUAUCACAAUAUGAACGAGAAAAUGGAAAAGAAAAUGUAGUGAAGAAUUAUCAGACACCUGAUACCCUUACUGGGUAUACAUCGAACCUUCUAGCUGCUGUGAUAAGAGUUACACAUCACCUGAAAGAGAGUGAGAGACAACUCCGUGCGGAGAUGGCAAUGCGUCAAACUAUUUUAGAUGCAUUUGAAGAGCAACGUGCAUUAACAGACGCGUUGACUGCAGAUUUAUUAGAAACACAAGAAGCAAAUGAAACAUUAAAACGUGAAGUGGAUUUGCAGAAGAAAGCCAACCAAACACGAUUCGCAAGUUUGGAGACUGACGUAAAGAAAUUGGAGCAAAAAAUUCACGAAAGUUUAUGCACAAAUUCGAUUCGAUACGAUGCGAACACAUUAAACGCUAAUUUAAAACCGUUACUCGAUAUAAGUAACCUCGAUAGGACUAGGCAUAAGUAUCACAAAGUGUCUCCCUCUAUUUCUCCCAUAAGCUUUAGCAACGCACAUCAGUGAAAUACAAUGUUCAGUUCUGUAAAGUUCCUUAUUUGCGCCUUGUUUAAGAAAACGUUCUUUCUCCGCUCAGAAGAAAUAGUUGCUUCUAAACCUCUAAACCAAUCACAGUAGUGAUUUACAUGCGUAAUUAACAUCCUUGCAGCGGUGUGAAAAAAUCUAAAUUUACUCUUUUGUACCAUUUGCCGCUCUGCACAGUAUUUUGCAACACCGUGUAGACUGGCAACACCGUAUAAAAAGACCUAACGUUUUUAUUUUGUUUUUAGAAAGUUUAACCAUCGGAAAUUUUACAAUGUGAUUGCAUGUUCGCUGAUUUCGCCAACUAAAUAGAUAAAAAUUACAACA